UCAACAAUUUUAGAUCUACAGCUUGAGUUUUCUUAUUUACAUUUGUUGAAAAUAAUGGUAUGGUUAAUGGCUGGCAUAAUCCUGCCGUGGAUCGGAAUAUGUGAGUGCGCAGUUUUGAUGUAAGCAGAUAGGUUAAUGAGUUUCAAAACACAUGCCAAAGUAUGAAAACUAGAGUGGUUAGUAUAGGGCAACACCUGCUAGAAAGUGGUUCCCAGCGGCAGGAUAAUGGAGAAACUAGUUGGGAUCUACCACGGAUACGCCCAGCUCAUUGGCCUGACGUCCUACAGAAUAGUCAAUGGUGAAUUGAAGAAAUCGAGGAUGACCGAGGCAUAUGUCCUGGCAUGGAACAUUGCAACCGUCUUUAUUUUGGCUUGGAUGGUUUGGAGUGCUGGGUAUGAAAAUAUAAAGGAUAUGAUGAUGUCGUCCUUGUUUCCGGAAAUGAUGUCUAUAAUUCCAUUAGUUGUCUAUUCGGUUAACUAUGCAGUCAUAGUAUAUAUUCUGAUAUCGCGCCCGUAUCGGGAUAGUAUGUUAUAUGAUUUGAUGGACAUUACCAAUCAGUUAAGUCGCAAAAUGGCGCUGGCUGGAAGGAAAACGAACUUAAAACUAAAGAAACUGCUAUAUUUGAAGUCGUUUGCCCUCACCUACCUUACGCUGGGAUCUUUCAUAUCACUUUUAUUUCUAAAAAAAGGAUAUUUUGAAGUAACUUUAAUGGGCAUAGCUUACAGCAUCCUUAACGUCAGCAACUACUUUUACUUCACGUCCUUUUGGCAAAUCGUCAGAGGAUAUGACUUUGUAGAUCAAGAGAUCAAAAAUCUUACCACCUCAAAGUCAGAAAGCCAUGUUGAGAAUUUCGCGGAGGAACUACGAGAUCUGUGGUCCCUUCAUUGGACUCUCAGUCGAAUGGCCAGCAGAAUAAGUCGAGUCUAUGGAGUCCAGAUGAUCGUCUCGCGAACUGAAUACGUUCUAUUCUCUGUUGUAUUUGGCUACGUGGGAAUAAUUUGCAUGUUCCAAGGAUUGAGUCUGAAAAUACUUCAUGUGGGUCUAAUAUACCUCGUUCGAACCUGGGACUUCUUCCUGAUCGUUGUCAUAUGUGACCUGACCGCACGUUAUCAGAAUCGGCCGAAACACGAACUCGUCGAAGGAGAAGUGAACCAGAAGGCGCUAAGUGCAUAUCUGAUCUAUGAGAGCAGCAUGAGACUGGAUUUGAAGGUAUGCGGACUUUACGUUUCCAACAGAGGCAGGUGGCUUGAAAUGAUGGGUGCUAUUGCUUGCCAUGCUAUAUUGUUGCUUCAGUUUCAUUUGACGCUGAGUAAAUAA